AUGGAGUCUCUGUUUGGAGGAGAGCUGGGACUGCUCGGCGGAGGGGAGGGGCUAAGGGACGACAGCUGUGGAGUGGGCGUGGUCUGGUCGGCCCCGCCCCUCCAAGAGGACAUGUACCCCGCCUCCCACUUCGCCCUGGCGGCCGCGUACCACGACAUCAAGACGCGGCUGGCCAGCCUGGAGCGAGAGAACAGCAGCAUCAAGAGAAAGCUGAAGAACUAUGAAGUCAAGUUCCCUGUGAUCAGUGAGUUUGGUGAGGACAGGAGCGUGUGCUACCCCCGUGACCCCAAGGACGCCAGCCUCCUGCAGUCUGAGACCACCAACCUGCAGCAGAGAGUCAACUCCCUCACUCAGGAGCUCCAGAAGAGUAAGGAGCGUGAGGAGAGACUGGAGGAUGUGAUCCAGGCGUACGAGAAGAUCCACAUGGAGAAGAGCAACGUCCAGAGAGACCUGGACCAGAUGACCACGCUAGCAGAGCAGCACGUGGCUCGUAUCCGGGCUCUGGAGCUGGCUCUGAGGCAGAGGGAGGGCUCCAUGCAGAAGCUCAGCUCUCAGAUGCGCAGUAAGGACGUCCAGUACCUCCAUCUCCACGCCAGCCUGGACGUGCCCCGCGGGGCCGAGGGGCGUGGUCCAACCCUGCAGAGCUCCCGCAGCCUGGACGCCCUGUCGGAUCUGAAGCUGCAGAGGCUGGAGGCGGAGCUGGAGGGGGCGCUCCAUCAGGUGCAGGGGGCGUGCCAGAGGGAGAAGGAGCUGAAGGAGGAGCUGCAAAGGAUGCAGCAGGAGGCCCAGAGACAGGAGAUGGUUACACCCUGUGAGCACUGCGACGUGGCGUGGAUCAAAAAGGCGGGAGAUGAGCAGGUGAACCUGGCCCUGGCCUACACAGAGCUCACCGAGGAACUGGGCAGGGUCCGCACCCUGGCAGCCAAUCAGACGGAGAUCCUCAGCAAGGUUUCCCAGGAGCAGAUACCACCAGUCCUCAGACACUCUCCAGCUCCCCAGCGGCGCUCCCCCACCUCCCAGCGGCCGUCUCCGGACCGCCUGCGCCCCUCUCCCUCGCCCCCGCUCUCCCCCAACAGCGACGGCCCCGCCUCCUACUCCUGUCGGCCCGCCAGCCACCGUCUGCGGGCUCGCUUCCAGGGCCGGCGCAGCUACUCGGAGGUGGCGGACCCCUCGGCCUACCAGAGGCCUCCCCCCAGGCUGCUGAGGGACCCGGUGUCCACCUUGCCCAAGCCCAGGCCCCUGGGGGAGAUGGGGGGCUACUCGCGGCCCCUCAGGGGCUCCCUGGCGGGGCUGGCUCGCCCGGCCUCAGCCCACAGCGGUGGGGGAGGAGCGGGAGGAGGAGGACGAGGCAGUGGAGGAGGUGGUAGCAGUCUGAACAGCAGUCCCCACCACCGUGCUCUGGAUCUGGGCUUCCCUCUGUCUGCUGAGGUGCAUCACUUCUGUCGCCUUGACGACCCCCCGGAGCCCACCCCCCUGGUGACCCCUCCCCAGUCCUCGGACGAGGAGGAGAACUGGGCGUGUCCCUCUCCAGCCACCAGCCCGCCACGCACACUGGGAGGGGCGGGGUCAGCCCGGGAAGCCCCGCCCCGCCCCUCCUUCUCCUCCUCCCCCGAGGGCCCUGCGACGCUCACCUGCCACCUGCCCGCCUACCUGAGCUCUGACCACGCCCAGUCCUGGCCUUCCAUCAACUUGUGGAUGGAGACUGAGGAGAAUAAUGCCCGGAGCUGCCCUUUGUGCCAGCUGACCUUCCCCACCGGUUACCCUGACGACGCCCUCAUCAAACACAUCGACUCGCACUUGGAGAACAGCAAGAUCUAGCGGCAGAACGGCAGAUCUAGAACCAGACUUCCUGGACACCCUCACCGUCAAACGAGGAACUUUGAGGAACGGCAAAAGCCGUCCUCAGAUCAGCACGCCGACCCCUGCUGGACAGAACAGGGACUACAACAAAACCACGUCCAGAAGCCAAUAUCAACUGCAGAUCCUCUUUGCAAUACAGAACCUUCAAUGCAGAGGAGAGAAAUCUAGUGUUUGAGACCUAGUAGUCCAUAGUGAACAUGACCAUGCUAGUUUAGGGCUAUGUUUGGGGUUGUGUCGCAUUACUCCAUGAAGUCCCCAUGUGAUCAGGUGUCUUCUUUGACAUGCUUACCUCACUAGGUUUAUUUGAAACUAGAUUUCUGGGUUGCCAUCUUCACGCUCAGUAUAAACUCUGUCACAGUCAACACGACACCAGCUAGCCCCGUCUCCUAAUAUCCUCCCCACCUCAACUCUGACAUCGGCGACGACAGACUACAGGCAAUUUUCUGUAUCGCAUCGUCUAUUUUCUCCCGCCCUUUGCAAGAAAAAUACAGUAGACAAGGACAAUAAGGAAUUGGACUUUUAAAAAUGGAGGAUUGAACCGUAGAAGGGAGCUUACUCUACCUUGUAAAAGAGAUGGUCUGGGUAUGGCAAUAACGUACCUCACGUUGAUUCAUUUGUAAAUUCACUUUCAGGGAUUGAACCAUCCAGGGAUGCAGACUAGGGGGAUCAGGACAGCAGCUGUGUGUCUCAGUCAGUAGAGUAAGACAGCAGCUGUGUGUCUUGGUCAGUAGAGAAGCAGUCAGAGAAGUUUAGAGACUCGGUGACACACCUUGGACAGACACUUGGUGAGAAACGAUCAGCCGAUCCGAAUCCCGAUUCCCAUCGCAUUCGAGACGAUCCAAAGACAUGAUGAAGUGACAAAGUGUUCCAAACUAUUCAGCAGAGACUGAAUCGAGAUGUUACUAGUGAACUGUGGGCUCCUGGGAACUGGACAAACAUGGUGGUGGGAGGUGACAUUGAAAAAAGACCUUUAAGAACACAAAAUGGAAAAAAGGCUGUCGUAAUCAAGCUUAACUUUAUUUUUUAUUUUAUUUUUUCUCUGACUGUUGCAUCUCAACAUCUUAUAUGCAGGAUUUAUUUAGACCCACAACUUGUUUUGUAGAGUAAUGACAUAUAGCUUAUCCUUAAUAUUCAUCUUUCAGUUUUCUGUGCAACUCAAUUAAAUAAUGACACAUAAAUAACAUGGUUAAGAUGUAACACCACUCAUGGCAUGGCUCUUUGAAUAAAUGAAAAACACAACGUGAUUUUUAAUUUUAUAUUUAUUUGGAACUACACAAUAGAACAUUUGAUAUGGAGGUCUAAUUUCCCCCACUUGUUUUACACAGACAUUUUGAAAAUGGAUCUCUUCUCCUCAUUAUCCAUCGUUGAAACAUCCAUAAAAAAUCCAUGUCAUAGUAUCAACAGAUAGCAAGAUCCAAAAGAUGACCCUUACUUUAAACUUACUGACUCACUCUGGACAAAGGACUAGAUUUGAGACCUAAGUAGCACAUUUGGGCACACACAAAAAGACAGCCAGCAUAACGAAGACCCUCCUGGGCCUAGUAGAACAGGAGCAAAUGUGUCAGCCAACGGUUUGGGGGAUUUAGAACACCAUUGUGUCAUUCAAAAACAAGGAUAAGUAAGUUACAACUAAAUAUACAAUUUACAGUGAGACCAGUUAUGAGGGAGGUCAGCCGUUUUAACCCUGAGGAACCCGCACACCAUCAGUUUCACACUCAAAGCCACAGUCUCUCCCUUCUCAAGUGAGUUUUCAAUACCUAUCCAUUAAAUACUCGGGAAUGACUUAGAAAGUCAAUAAGUAAAAGUGUUUAAAUAUACAAAACGUACCGUAAAAGGAUCAAAACUUGCAUCUCUACAAACAUGCAGUCAACUCAAAAGAAAGAGAUGUCGGAUUUAAGACAAUGUCAAAACUAAAACAGUAAAACCAACCAUGUUGGUCUGAGAUCUGUGUUCUAAACUUCCUGAAAUGAUGUUCUCCAUCCACAGUUCCACAGUCUGGGCUGACGGCGCAUGAGAGACGAGGGGUUCUAAAGGGAGAACCCAGCAGCAGUGUGGGAACCUCAAAUCAAAGGAGGGGGGGGGGGGGGGGGGGGGG